AUGUCGAAUUUUUAUUCGGAUCUAUUAAAUAGUAGUGAAAAUGUAGAUAUUAUGGAUGAUGAAGAUGAUUUAGAGAUCGAAACGGAUUUUCUAAAAGGUACACAAGAAAAUAUCGGAAAUAAAUCAAAGUCUGAAUCAAAUAUAUAUGAUGAUAAUCAAAAUACUAUUAGUAAACCGAAAACGGAUCAGUUUAAUUGGCUACUAAGUGAUGACAAUGAUAGAAAAAUGGAUGCAAAAAAUUUACGAUUUCAUGAGACUGAAAGUGAUAACAUUUUAGAUGAUAUCAAGGACACAAGCGAAAAACCAAAAUCGGCCAUAAAUCGAUCGAAAAAGGAAAAUAUUUUAAGUGAAUUAUUUGGAGUUAAAAGUUCACCUCCUACUUCGAUUCUUCAUCCACCAUCAGCUCCUGCUAAAUCCGAAUCGAAUAUCACACGCACAAUGAGCUCACGAAGACCUCGAAGAAAUUCGGCUGUAGGCGAUCCGUUAGGAUUAUUUUCCUCGCCAGUGAAAACACAAAAACCUGAAGUGAUUGAACCAGUAAAAAUAGGUGAUGCUAAAGUUGAAAAAUCGGAUAAUUUACCUGAUUGGUUGGCUGCAGGAUCAAAACCUUCUGUUGUUCCUAAGCCUUUGACAACAAGUAACAUUCCUACGACAAGUGAUAUUCCAAAGCCUGAGAAGAAAAUUGAAAUUGAGACUGAAAAAAUUGAUACUACAAUCAAGUUGCCACAAGAUAAUCCACUCAAAUCGGACCAAUCAAGUUCUUCCUUAUCAGUUUUACAUCAACAAGAAUCACAAUUACUUUUAAUGAUGCAAUUAAAACAAUUUGAAAAACGUUUAAUGGAAAUUGAAACUCGACAAUCAGAAGCGAUUGAAAAACAGCAAAACAAUUUUAAUAAAUUAUUUAACGAGCACAUAACGAAUUAUAAGAAAUCGAUUGAUGAUCAAAUCAUUAAUCAACAAAUGAAAAUUAAUGAACAAAUGCAAAUGUUAGUUUUAUCGUCAACAUCAACGCUAACAGAUCAACAAAAAUCAAAUAUUUGGAAAGAAAAUAUUCCAAAAGAUGUACCUGAAAUGCAAAUGGAUCAUGCAUUUAUUGAAGAAAUGAAAAUUCAUCAUUCUAAUGAACAUUUAAUGUUGGAAAAUAGUUAUAAGAAACGUAUAGAAAUCCUCGAAGACUCAUUAUCAUCAAACGAAUCAAUAUUUAAAUUAGAAAUCGAACGAAUUAAACAAUAUUACAAUGAACAAAUUCAAAUGUAUGAGAAUCAACUCGAAUUACAUGAAAAAAAAUUUACAGAAAAAUUAGACAAAUUAGAACAAGAUCAUCGUAAUGAAAUCAAAAGUAUCAAUGAACAUUACCAAUCAAUGAUCGAUACAUUGAAUUUAGAACAUACAAAAGUGAUUGAGAAUAUACGAAAAUGUAAAAUGAACGAACAUUUAAUUUUAAUGUUAUUAGUUGAAUCGUUAGAAUCGAAACUAAACGAACAGAAUUUAAUUGUAAACGAAUCAAAAUGGACUUUUGAAAAUCGUGAAGCUAACUUUGCAGCUAGAGAAGCUGCUCUAGAACGUGAAUCAAUACGAAUGAAAGAAUUAUUCGAUCGAGAACGCGCUUAUAUUGACAAAAUGAAACAAGAAGCACUCGAAGAGAAUGAAAAAUUAAAUGCUCAGAUAUUAGAGGCGCGUUUAACUUUAGCUGCAGAAAAAUCUCGUUUAGAAACAGAAGGGAAAUUGAAAAAUGACAAUAAUUAUGAAGUGUUAAAAUCUCGUACGGAAGUUGAUGCAGCAAUUAAAGCUGCCCAAAAUGCAAUUGAAUUAGCUACCGAAGAACGUAAUAAACUGGCUGAAGAACGGCGACAGAUUGAAAUUGAAAGGCAAUCAUUACAAUCCACUGAACGAAGAUUAUUAAAACGUGAAGAUGACCUAAACAACAUGCUAAAGCAAUGUGAACGUAAAAAAGAUGAAGCUGCGCAAAUGUUAAAUGAAUCAAAAAUGUUGGAAAUGAAAUAUAAUGAACAGCAUAAAAGUUUACAAAAUCAAAUGGCUUCCUUGCGAUUACGUGAAAAGAAGUUAGCUGAAGACAAAGUGUUAAUAUCAAAAGAGCGUAUUGCAUUACAUCGAGGGGCAGGAGGUAAUGAGCCAUGCCCGACAUGUUCUAGUGGCGUUCAUUCAAACGAGUUUAGUAAAGAUAAGUUAUUGGAUGAAAUUGAAUCAACUUUUGUACGGUGUGAUAAUAAUCAAGAUAAGAUUAAUUAA